AUGAGUACUCCAGAUGAAUUGAUAUGUUUCAUCAAACCAGAGUAUAAACUUCCUUUGGUAAAAAUUCAACAUGACAUCAAAGAGAAGCAGGAAGAAAUAAAGAAAACUGACGAAAGUGAACAUCCCAGACAAGAAGAUGGACAACCAAUGUCAAAGAGACAAAGGAAAAGGGAGAAAAAGGGAAUGAACAAGCGUCGGCCUAUUUUCAAACAAUCAUUGGAUGAGCAAUUGUGUCGAUCAUUAGUUGAUGGACGUGAAGUUGAAUGUGAACGUAGUGACAAGUGUAGAAUGUCACAUGAUUUAAAAUCAUAUCUCGAAAAUAAAGCUCCAGAUAUAGGUGAAAAAUGUCCGAUCUAUGAUGUCAAGGGAUUCUGCAUUUAUGGAGUUACAUGUCGACUUGCAAAAAAUCAUUUGACUGAUGAAAAUAUUAACAAAAAUCCAAAUAAAAUCGAACGAACUGAACGUCAACAUCUUCCAUGGGAACUUCAAAAUUCCCUACGUAAGAAAACUUUUGAUUAUUCUAAAUCUGAUAAAGUAUUGAAGGAAGUUGAUGAAAUUAUUGGAAAAAAGUUAAUUGGUUCAGCUGGGGAUGAUGAGAAUGUAAAAAUAAGAUUGGAAGAAAAGAAACGAAUAGAUUUCAGCAACAAACUCGUGCUCAGUCCAUUGACGACAGUUGGAAAUUUGCCAUUUCGGAGAAUAUGUAAGGAAUAUGGAGCUGACAUUACAGUUGGUGAAAUGGCGUGUGCUUUACCAAUCAUAACUGGAUCACUUCCCGAAUGGGCUUUGACAAAACGCCACAGCAGCGAAGAUAUUUUCGGUGUACAACUUUGCGGUGCAAACGCGAGAACUGUUUGUUAUGCAGCACAAGUUCUCACAGAAAAUAUUGACGUUGAUUUCAUUGAUUUAAACAUUGGAUGUCCAAUUGACUUAAUUUACCAACAAGGUGCUGGUUCUGCACUUAUUAGACGACAAAAUGUUCUCGAACAAAUUGUGAGAAGUUGCUCUCGAAUUCUCGGUGAAAAACCUUUCACAGUUAAGACUCGAACUGGCGUUUAUGCGAACAAAUCAGUAGCACAUGAACUUUUGCCAAAGUUAGAACAAUGGGGAGCUUCAGCUGUGACACUUCAUGGUCGUUCACGAGAACAACGUUAUACGAAACUCGCUGAUUGGGAUUACAUUGAGAAAUGUGCUAAAGAAGUGAAAAGAAUUCCAAUCAUUGGCAAUGGCGACAUUUUGAACUUUGAGGAUUAUCAAUCAGUUCGUGAACGAGCUCCACACGUUUCAAGUGUCAUGAUUGGACGAGGUGCUUUGAUUAAGCCUUGGAUUUUCAAGGAAAUUAAAGAAGGAAAAGCGUUUGACAUCAGCAGUAAAGAACGUUUUGAAAUGUUACAAAAAUAUGUAAAUUAUGGUUUGACGCAUUGGGGAAGUGACACGAAAGGUGUUGAAAAUACGCGACGAGUUGAUACGAUCAAGAACCAACUCAAGUUCUUUUAG